GUGCUCACGGCGCGGCUCUGCUGAUUGGCUGUAAAUCCGUGCGGGGCGGGCUCCGCGGGAGCAGUGGCGGGAGGCGAUUGGUCAAUUCUCAAAUGCUGCUCUGCGAUUGGUCGGCGGGGGAGGGAGGUGUUCCCCUAUAUAACGGGGAUGCGGAGUGCUCAGAUGGAGAUGCAAGAAGUGAUAGAGAGGAGUGAGGGUCGCUUGAAGUGACCCCUCCUCGGCCACCAUGGGGCCCUUGACCAGCGAACGGAGCUCCUGGAGCAGCCUGACCACCCUGCAGAAGGUGGCUUUGGCCCUUGGGAUCCCAGCCAGUGGUGCCAUCCUCUACAUCCUUUACCGCCGCUACCGGGAAAGUAAAGAAGAGCGGCCAACCUUUGUGGGAGAAGAGGAGAUUAAGGUGGAGAUGAAGGUACCAAAGGACUCUGUGAAGCUCAUCGUUGGGCGGCAGGGAGCCCAAAUCAAACAGCUGAGAAAGAACACCCAAGCCCGCAUUGACAUUGACAUGGAGGAUUCCAGUGUGGAGCGAAUUAUCCGCAUCUGCGGCUCUCCCAUCCAGGUCUGCGCAGCUAAAGCUACCAUCCACCAGAUUUUGGCAGAGAAUUUGCCUGUUCAGGAGAAGAUUGAGGUGCACCAUCGCACUGUUGGGCGCAUCAUUGGCAGAGGCGGGGAGACGGUGCGAGCCAUCUGCAAGAGUACUGGAGCCAAAGUGGAGUGUGAAGGAAGAGGAGGUCCACAGGAAGGUGAAGGUUCCCUGUUGCUCACCCGCGUCAUCACCAUCUCCGGGACUCGCAAGGAAGUGGAAGCAGCCAAGUGCCUGAUCAUGGAGAAGCUUUCCGAGGAUGACGCUUUUCGCAGGAAGCUGUAUCAGUCGGUGUCAUCACGGUCGGUACACAAGCAGGCUCUGGGCAAGAGGCAGGAGGAUGUUGCCAAGGAGCAAGAUGAGUUGCCUCGCCAAGAGAGAGAGCUCCAGCUGCCAAACCCACAGCCUUUGGAAGGGGCUGGAGAAGCAAUCCCCGAGUCUCCCCUGGAUGAAGCCCAGGAGCUGAGGAAUGAAGACGGAUCCCCUGAAGAGCCUCUGUCGUCCACCUCUUGUCCAGGCUCUGCAUUUGAGGUCCCCAGCCCUGAUUUCAGCUUCCAUGCGAAUGAGUACUUGGAGGUUUACAUCUCGGCUGCCGAGAACCCCAACCACUUCUGGAUCCAGAUCAUCGGCUCGCGUGCCCUCCAGCUGGACAAGCUGACCUACGAAAUGACUCAGUACUACGAAAGUGGCGGCUGCCCAUCUGAAUUCCCUGAUGUGCAUGUGGGAGAUAUAGUGGCUGCCCGGUACCAAGAUGAUUGCUGUUGGUACAGAGCCAAAGUCCUAGGCAUUCUGGAUGAUGGAAGGUGGGAUCUUUACUAUGUGGAUUUUGGAGAUAAUGAAGAGGCGCCAUUGAAGAAGCUGCGGCCAUUGCGGAGCGACUUCUUAAGCCUCCCCUUCCAGGCCAUUGAGUGCAGCCUUGCCGGCAUUGCUCCAGCUGGAAGCCAUUGGGAAGAAGCAGCGCUUGAUGAGUUUGACCGCCUCACUCACUGUUCCCAGUGGAAACCGGUGGUGGCAAAGAUCUCCAGCUAUGUGCCUUCUGGGAGUAACACCUGGCCGCACAUCCGAUUGUACAACACCAGUGGUGAACAGAGCAUUGAUGUUGGUGAGGAGCUGAUACGUUUGGGCUAUGCGGUACCAUGUCUGCAGGAUAUAGAUGGUGCCAUGGGAGAUGGGCCUUAUCAGCUGGGCAAAGGGGCGGCUGCUAGUGGCUUCCCAAAAACUCUGGAAAACAUGGAAGGCAUGUCCCUGGAAAGCCUUCUCUCAGAUACGCAGAAAACCCCUGAUGAGAUGCCGCUCACUCUGUCCUGUGUCAGCCUUUCAGAUGAGCCCACUGAACUGCUCUGGAACGAAAUGGGGUCACCUAUUCCAGCAUCCUCCCAAGAGUGCCUUGCACCCUCCUUCGAGUCCUUCCAGCCCUCCACCAUUCUUUACGCCACCUCCUCCGAAACCCUCUCAGUGACUCCCCAUAAAACCAGUAACAUGAGCAGAGGUUCGGGAACAGACCUGCCUGUAGGAACCCUGGAGGUGCCACCCAGGUCUGUGUCCCUGCUUGACGGUGUGGCUUUUGGGACCGAAGUGAACCAGACGUCUAGUCCCCUCAAUCUCAGCCAGCCUGGAGAGGGACCCUUGCUUCUUUCAUCCUCGGGUGAAGAGGACUCCCUUGGAAAUGAUGAGUGUCUAUCUGUCAGUCAGCCUGAUAGCAUGACCUACUCACCUCGGGGCUACUUCUACUAUCUCUCCACUUCAGAUGACACUAUGGAUUCCUCAGUCUUUUGCAAAGGAUCGCCCAGUCUUGAUAAGUCACCCUGGGCUGAGUCACCUUCCGCUGGCACAUCCUGCCACUCUGAAAUCUCUUCUUCUGACACUAGCGGGAAAGAGGAGACCUCUGAGGAGCAGAAGUUGCCUCUGCAUCGGAGAGCGGCGACCUCCUCCCCUUCGAAGACAAUUCCUUGACUCCUUGAGCUUUAGGAAUUGUGAUAAUUCCACCUGAAAUGGCGCAAGCAGCAAAGCGGGCAAGGCAGUGAUUCUUCAGCUUCACUCAGAAGAACAUCUCAACCUCUCAAUGGACAUAUUUUGCUUUUGACAGUCUCCUCCUUCAGAGGAGGGUGCAAUUGUGUGAGGGGUCUGUGCUCUAUUGCAGCCUCCAAGAGCCACACCAGUGGGGCAGACUCUCAUGUUGGGUUGUACAGUUGUUGUCUCCCUGACCAAAGGCAUCUUGAAGCGGAAUCUGCAUGUGCUGCCAUUUUAAGUUGCAUGUUUGAGUGACGGGGGUGAGUGAGCCUCCAAGCUUUUUUUGCUGCGCAAUGUGUUGAAGCAAAGACACAUAGUGGCAAAUUGGUUCUUUCCUCUUGAUGCGGAGACGCAAUUCAAAUAAGGCUGCUUGGCUGGUUGUUGGGAAGUUUAAAAUUUUGGAGGUCAGCCACCCUUCCUGCUCAUUCAGUGUUUUCAUAGAAGAAAAAGUAUCUGCCUUCUUUCCUUUUUUAUAAAGUUCACCUGGGUUGCCUGACACAGAUUUUCUAAAUUGCACAUGGAGGGGACAGGGGGACGGACAGAUUGUAAGAUUUGAGACUUAUUAAUUUGUUAAGAGCACAUGCAUUUGGGUGAGCUGGUACGGCUUUCCUGGGCUGUACUACUUGAACUCACAGGAGUAGGAUCACGCAACUCUUCCCUCUUCCCUACCCCAUCCCAGCACAUGCGUACAGAAGCAAACUAGCAUGUUCUGGUAGCAAGGCUUCGAACAGAAGCAUUGUCGCCAAUGGAUUGUUGGUAUUGAUCCAUUUUUAUAUGGGCGAGUGUUCAGAUACAUAGCUCACCAGUGAAAUCUCAAAUACUACAGCCCAGCCAUAAAGUGUGGCAUUGUGUUGUAUGUGCAGACCAGCUGGAAAAUGGUUUGAGAACUCACUGAAAAAAAGAUUUGUACCAGGCAAUGGGGUAAGUGUCCCCCAUCCUGUCACAAGCUAAAGUGCCUGGUAGUGUCUUGUAGUGUAAAACACUGGACAAAGGCUUACAGGAGGUCGGAAUCGGUCUCCCAGGUCUCAUAUGUUGGCAGAGGUGGCAUCUAUUGGCCCUGCCCAGCCAUGAGGCUUGUUAGAGCUGGAGUCAAGAAAUGCCAGUAGAGCUAGAGUUAACCUGGCUUGGAUGUAGCAAUCUGACUUUUGAACACCUGUGACAUCCCAAACAAGGCUGUUGUGUAGUCUGGUGGGGUGAUGCCAGUCGGUGAGGGAGAAGAGUGGUGUGUACCUCUGUUUGAAAAGGUUUUGGUUGCACUCUUGUUUGUUUUGGGAAGGGAAGGGUGAUGGUGGAUGAGAAGGAGAUGCAAGACGUGUCUGUGCCCGUUUCAGAGAAUAGAGGUAGCAUGUUAGGCAUAAGCCUGAGGUUCAUUUUCUACAGUUGUCUUCUAAAUAAAUAUGGCUUGUGUCUGUUUGAAUUCUG